AUGAAGCUCCCUUUGGUGUCAGCGGUGCUCUCGAUCGCGAUCGCCGGGAUGGGCCAUUAUGCACUCGCUGCCGUGGUCAUGCCCAUUGCGCGCGGCCCCGAAUACAAUCCAGACAUACGACCCAGGUACCUGUCGACCCGUGCGACCAUUUCCAGCACGCUCUUCAACAACAUUACUCGCGGCUCAUACUACGUCGAGGUCGAGAUUGGAACGCCGCCCCAGUCACAGACUCUCUUCGUUGAUACGGGGAGCAGUGAUGUAUGGCUGCUGGACUCAGACGCCGACUUGUGUUCGAGCCGAAGACUUCAAGCCGCCAAUCGUGGGGGUUGCGGUACCACUUUUACCUCUUCGAUGUCCUCAACGUUCGCAACCGUUCGUGAAGACCAAUUCGAUAUUUCAUACUUAGAUGGGACGGGAGCGAGUGGGGAUUAUGUAUCUGAUACAUUGACCAUUGCUGGAGUGUCCGUCAAGGGUCUUCAGAUGGGGCUUGCCCGCCAGGCGACUAUCGGCUCGGGACUAAUGGGCAUCGGCUAUAGUUUGAAUGAGGCAUCGAACUCUCGUAGACAAGGAGUACCUUUCGUGUACCCCAGCGUCAUUGAUACUAUGCUUAAUCAGAGUUUGAUCACCAGGAGGGCCUAUAGCUUGUAUCUGAACAGCCUCCAGUCUUCGACAGGCUCUAUCAUAUUCGGCGGUCUAGACACCCACAAAUUCUCUGGAGAUCUCCUGGAACUUCCUGUCCUCCCAUCAACAUACCCAAACGGGACUGAAGCCUACUUUGAACUUGUCGUCGUCAUGACCUCUCUCUCCAUAACUGGCCAGCAAGGCAACAUAGCUAAUCUCACCAAGGCCGGCUACAAAGAACCAGUCCUCCUCGACUCAGGAACGACAUUCAGCUACCUCUCGAGCCGCCUAGUUAAGUCCAUCUACAAUAGCAUCGACGCAAUAGACGACUCCAACAACAGCGGCCUUAUCCUCGUAGACUGUACAAUCCUACAAAACUCACCAUCCUUAACGUUCAACUUCGGCUUCGGCACUGCCGCGAGCGGAGUAACCAUCAAAGUCCCCCUCAACGAACUAGUCUUCCCCCUCAACAGCCUCCUCAACCUCACCAAAUCCGAUCUACCUCGGAAUACCCCCUGGCCAUCCACCUGCGCCUUUGGAAUCUACACCACCGGCGAGUCAGAGCCUUCCAUCCUAGGUGAUUCCUUCAUGCGUUCUGCGUACGUUGUAUACGACCUAGAUAGCAAUGUUAUCGCACUCGCUCAAACCAAUUUCAACUCCACGAGUAGCAGUAUUGUGGAGUUCAAGGCGGAUGCUACGGGAAUCCCGAACGUUAGCGGGGUUGCCAAUAGUAAUGCGGAUGUCACGCAGAGUGCCGGGGCGCUUUUGCCGGGCAUCGGGGUGAGGACAAGCUCCAGCACGGCAGCGACGGCGACUGGUACCGGUGCGGGUGCAGAAGCUGUGCGUACGUCGGAUACCAAAAAGAGUGCUGCUGCUGGGUCAGUUCCUGCUUUUGAUGUCAGCACGUUGAUUAUCUUGGGUGUAUCGAGUACUUUCGCGGUGAUGGGGAGUGCAUGGUUUCUUUCGUUAUAA